AUUCAUUUGAAUGGUUCCUGGUAAAAGGAUCUGUUAUACCAUCUUCCAAUGUUACCGCUGAGAGGGUCCAUGUGAGGCAGAGUGCCCAACGAAGACCAGCAUCAUGCCAACUAUUUGUGCAAGGUGCACUUUGGGAGUCUGACCCACCAUGUGCGAAUGGACACCCACCACCGCUGGUCUCUACUCUAACCUUGCAUUAACUGGCUCAGCCCUCCCUGGGCUGCAAAUUCUUUCUUAUCCUUUUUCCCUGGCAUGCCUGUCUCUGAUAUUUCUGGCUUGCUCUGCUCUUGGAGGUUGCCCACCUGCAGUGGGGCAUGACACACUUCAUGUGCUGGCACAGGGUACGAACUGCUCGUGGACUCUGGAGCGGCACACACGCAGCUAUAACCACCUAGAGGGUGAUGUCCGCCUGCGACGCCUCUACUCCGCCAACAAAUUCUUUCUCAGCAUUGACAAAACAGGCAAGGUGGAUGGUACCCGUCGGAAGAAUUACUCUGACAGUCUGAUGGAAAUCCGAUCUGUCAGUGUUGGAGUUGUCGCCAUCAAAUCUGUCAGCACCGGCCUGUACUUAGCUAUGUCCAAAAAAGGCACGCUCUUCGGAUCGGUCAGAUACAACCCCAGCUGCAAGUUCAAAGAGCGCAUUGAGGAAAAUGGUUAUAACACCUACGCCUCCCUCCGCUGGAAGCACAGGGGAAGGCAGAUGUUUGUGUCACUGAAUGGCCGAGGGAAACCACGCAGAGGCCACAAAGCUAGACGGAGGCACCCAUCAACCCAUUUCCUCCCUAUGCUGCCAACAUAG